GAAUGCAAUGGGUCAUACGCCAAUGCAUCUUGGGACAAAGAAGGUGCCAUUGUAGUGCUAUAGAACGUCCUGGAUCGUGAGAUGAAUUUUCUCGCCCAUAAUUUUUUUCAAAUAUCGUGUCGUAAAAGAUAAAAAUCGGCAGUGACACCUUUAAUAAGCUAUACAGAGACUGAGUCCGGAAACAGUAACUUUAGAGGGAAAUGGGAGCAGAUAAAAGAAUUAGUCGGACAGAGCGUAGUGGUAGAUAUGGCUCUGAUCAGUCCCGUGAUGAACCGGAAUGGCGGGACAGACGAGAUAGGGACCAAGAGCGUGAUCACAACAUGCACCGCUGGGGGGAUGAGAGACGUGGUGAACGCUAUGAAGAUCGUAGAGGAUCAAGAGACAGCACAGAGCCAAGAGAGAGAAAAAGACGAAACAGUGAUAGAUCAGAAGAUGGUUAUCACUCUGAUGGCGACUACCUAGAGCAGGAUUACAGAAGGGAGCCUGGCGAGGAGAAGAAGAGUAAAACCAUCAUGCUCUGGGGUCUGUCUCCUCAGGCCACCGAGGAUGAUAUCCGUUUUGCCAUAGACCAACUGGAGGGACCCCAGCCGGUGGAUGUCAGACUGAUGAAAAAGAAGACAGGUAUAAGCCGUGGUUUCGCCUUCGUGGACUUUUAUCACUUGCAAGAUGCUACCCGAUGGAUGGAGACCAAUCAGAAACGUCUGACCAUCCAAGGCAAAAGCGUGGAUAUGCACUACAGUCACCCCAGGAACAAGUACGAAGACUGGCUCUGCAACACUUGUGGCCUGUACAAUUUCCGGAGGAGGCUGAAGUGCUUCAGGUGUGGAGCAGCCAAAGCUGAAAGUGAAACUAGCAAUAAUACUGGAGUCUCUGAAACUCAACCGAGUGGAGAUUUCUAUGGCGACACAAUCAUCCUGCGGAAUAUUGCUCCCCUGACCACAGUGGAAGCCAUCUUGACAGCUCUGGCACCAUAUGCUAAUCUUUCAUCUAACAACAUUCGUCUCAUCAAAGACAAGCAGACGGGCCAGAACAGAGGCUUUGCCUUUGUACAACUGUCAUCUCCUUUGGAGGCCUCUCAGCUGCUAACCAUCCUACAGGGACUACAGCCUCCUCUAAGACUAGAUGGGAAGACAAUUGGGGUGGAUUAUGCUAAGAGUGCUAGAAAGGACCUUUUACUACCUGAUGGAAAUCGGGUCAGUGCCUUCUCUGUGGCCAGCACAGCCAUUGCUGCAGCUCAGUGGUCCUCAACUCAGCCACAGCAGAGCUCAGAGGGAAUGUUGGAGUACAGCUACCUACAAGAAGGCUACACUCCAGUGGCUCAGGACUACCAGACGUACUACCAGCAAACAGCGGGGGCCAGCGCCUCUCAGGGAAAUGGGAUUCUAGGAGGUACGAGAUGCUGUCAAGCCUUCUCAAUUUUGGCACAGUUAACUGACUGUUCACUCUAUAUCACAAUAAUAUUGGGGGAAAAUGUAAUCUCACAGAGGGCGCAAGUUUACCAACCCCAUAUAAUUGCUCAGCCUGCUGUUCAGGCAGUGCCAGUUGCUCAGCAACUGGAGGCAAAACCCCAGACAGGACAGGCCUCGGGCAUCGAAGUGGUGUCUGCACCCUUUGCCGCUGUAACUGCUGCUGCUGCCACUGUUACCACUGCCACUACAUUAACAACCUCUGGACAAACAGCUGUUACCACCACUGCUGUCCCUGAUACAUCCACCUACCAAUAUGACGAGUCCUCGGGCUACUAUUAUGAUCCACAAACUGGCCUCUACUAUGACCCAAACUCACAAUAUUACUACAACUCUCAGACCCAGCAGUAUUUGUACUGGGACAGUGAGAAACAGACAUAUGUACCUGCCCCAGCUAAUGCAAAUACUGGACAAAAUGAAAACACAACAGGCAACAAAGAGCCUAAAGAAGGCAAGGAGAAAAAGGAAAAGCCCAAGAGCAAGACGGCUCAGCAGAUUGCUAAAGACAUGGAACGGUGGGCAAAAAGUCUCAACAAGCAGAAAGAGAACUUCAGGAGUAGCUUUCAGCCUAUUAGUCAGGAAGAGAGGAAGGAGGCAGCAGCAGCUGAUGCUGGAUACACACUGUUUGAGAAGAAGCAGGCUGGAAGUCUGGAUAGACUAAUGCUAGAAGUGUCAAGGGCUCCUGAAGAGGAACCACCAGCCAGCUUUUUCAACACUUCCAAAUGUGGCCUCGUGGCAGCCUACAGUGGAGACAGUGACCCUGAGGAGGGGGUAGCAGAUCCUGAUGGUGGCGACGGAGGCCAGGACAAGCUCACAGACUGGAAAAAGUUGGCCUGCUUGCUGUGUAGGAGACAAUUCCCCAACAAAGAGGGUCUGAUUAGACAUCAACAACUCUCUGAUCUCCACAAGAAAAACCUGGAGGUUCUUCGCAGAUCUAAAAUGAGUGAAGCAGAGCUGGAGGAGUUGGAGAGGAAAGAGACAGAGAUGAAAUAUAGAGACAGAGCAGCUGAGAGGAGAGAAAAAUAUGGCAUCCCUGAACCACCUCCGCCCAAAAAGAAGUUUAGCCAACCAACACCAGCCAUUAACUAUGAACAGCCGACUAAAGAUGGGCUUAGCAGUGACAAUAUUGGGAACAAAAUGCUGCAGGCCAUGGGCUGGCAGGAGGGGAAAGGACUUGGUCGUAACCAGCAGGGCAUCACUGCACCGAUUGAGGCACAGCUGAGAACAAAAGGAGCUGGACUUGGCACUAAAGGCACCAACUACACCCUCUCUGCUUCUGACACAUAUAAAGACGCAGUCCGUAAAGCCAUGUUUGCUCGUUUCACUGAAUUGGAAUGAAUUAUUAUACUCAAGCUCAGGUUGUCGUCUUUUUGAGGAGGUGGCGCUCCAUUGUGUCUGCAUCACCCACGGCCAUGAACUGGCAUGAGCGUCUAAGAAGGAUUCUUUUUUUUUUUUUGUUACAAUAGUGAAUAAUUUAUAAAUGUACAUAUGCACAGUUACUUCUAUAGUUUACACAUUUCUUUUACAAUUCUGUGUUAAUGCAGUUUUUGU